AUGAUGCCUACUGAUGUGGAGGAACUCUUGACCGAUAGCAAGCAGGCUCGUCGUUUGAGUAGUCCUGGACCUGAUGGAUUACCUUAUGAAAUCCUGCACUUGGUAAUGAAAUUUCCACCGUUCCAUGAUCUCAUCCAAUUAGUCUACAGUAAAGCUUUAAAGAAGGGUAAGUUCCCGCCACAUUGGAAAGAAUCCGUUAUGUGUCUGCUUUACAGGAAAGGCGAUCCAGCUGAAAUGAAGAACUACCGUCCUCUGUCUCUGGCUAAUUCAGACUACAAGCUCUUCACUCGCAAUAUCAACCGUCGAAUCAUGGAAGUCUCUUCCAACUUGACCAGCCGACAUCAGCUUGGAUUUAUUCCUGGUCGAUUCAUUGCCAAAAAUGGCAUGAUCUGCCAGCUGCUUAUGGAAGAUGCACAACGUAAAUGGUCUAUUGCUGAACAACAGGAAAAUGAUCCUAAGCACCUUGGAUUAUGA